AUAUGGAAGGAAGAUGACUCAUGAUAAGUUCUUCAUGGAGACUCACAUCCGAAAAAAGAAGACACCGACAGAUCCAAGUAGAUGGGUCGAGGAUCGAGGGGAGACUAUAUAUGGUCGUUACAAGAUUAAUGUGGAGGAGUACACUCAAAGCUUGCCACCGAAUGAGCAAGGCGAGCGACCACCCGUUUCCGAUGAAGAAGCACAAAAGAUAUGGUUGGAUGUUGUCGGUGGUCUUAAAAAAGGGAUAGCAUACGGCCUUCCAGAGAGAUCAUUUCGGUACUACAGGGCUGGAUUGCAAGGUAUAAGGACUUUUGCUCAAGGCGAGAUAAUUUAUAGGUUGACACUCUCGUCUAUGGAGAAGAAGAUCGCAAAGCUGACAGCAGAGGUUGAACAGACAAAAGCUAGAGAACAAAAGAGAGAUGAACAAUUUGAUACUCUUCAAGUUCAGUUAGAAAAGAGGGACCAACAAUUUAAUCUCCUUCAAGGUCAGCUGACCAAUCUUCUUGCUAGUGGUGCUUUUUCCAUUCUCCGGUCUCGUUGGCCUUCCCCAAAUGCUAAUACUUCUCGUCGUGAUCCUUCGAACCAUGUCAACGAGGAAGCUUCUAGUAGUGAAGAUGAACAUGAUACAAUACAAAACACUCAUUGACUGGUGUGUAUUGCUAAACACAUUUUUGAACUAGUGAAUAUUUUGUUGGAAAUAGUUUUGAAUGUUGAUUGUAUUGUUGAUAUU